AUGGCAUCUUAAAUUUAAGAGCCUCUAUUAGAUAUAUAAUCUUAAACUGAUUUUGGAAUGACUGCAAAAGAGUUAUCGUAAGAUAUUUAAAUAAAAUAUUUAGAUAGAUGUUUGUUCCUGAUAAUAUAAGAGAUGGAUCAAGUUUAGAUAUAUUAUCUAGAUUUGGAAAGAUUGAAGGAUUAAUAAAGAAAUUGAAAACAGAUGCUAAAGUAAUUAAGUAUAAUAAUAUAAUAGAAAGGAUUAGAUGGAACAAAUAUUAAUGAUUUGGAAUUGAGAGUUAAAAAGUAUUUGCAUAAUUAAAUAAAAUAGUUUUGGAGAUAAUAAACCAGAAAUAAAAGAACCAAAAACUUUAAUAGAAUAUGUAUAAAUAAAGAGAGAUUAAAUAGAUUCUUGAAAAUUUUGAAGAUCCAAUGUUAAGAAUAUUGUGUUUAGCUGCAGCAGUAAAUUUAAUAAUAGGUGUAUGGACUGAAGGUUGGAAAGAAGUAAAUUUUUAAUAUAAUAAAAUAAGGGAUGGAUGGAUGGUAUGGCAAUAUUUAUAGCUGUAAUAAUUAUUGUAUCUGUUACAGCAGGAAAUAAUUAUGUGAAAGAUUAAUAAUUUAGAAAAUUAAAUGCAAUAGCAGAGAAUAGAAAUGUAAAUAUAAAGAGAGGUGGUAAAAUAGUUAGCACAAAUAUUUACGAUUUAUUAGUAGGAGAUAUAAUGAUAGUGGAUACUGGAGAGAAAAUGCCAGUUGAUGGAUUAGUACUUGAAUCAAGUGAAUUAACAGCUGAUGAAUCUUCUGUUACUGGUGAAACUAAACCAAUUAAAAAGAUUGUUCCACUUUUAUAUGAUAAAACAGAUUAAAAAGAUAGUGUUAAUUCAUUUUUGAUUAGUGGUUCAUCAAUUAUAGAUGGAACAGGAGAAAUAUUAGUUUUAGCUGUUGGUGAGAAUUCAUAAUGGGGUAUUUCUAAAAAAUUAAUGACAUAAUAAUCUAAAGAUGAUAAAACUCCAUUAUAAGAAAAACUAGGUAUUUUAGCAGAUUAAAUUGGUGAAUAUGGAUUAAAAGCAGCUAUAAUAACAUUUAUUGCUAUGACACUUCAUUUAUUAUAUGAUGCUGUUUUUAAUGAAUAUCCUCUAUUUUCUGCUCAUGCUAUUAAAGAAAUAUUAAAUUUUUUUAUUGUUUCUGUUACUAUUAUUGUUGUUGCUGUUCCAGAAGGAUUACCAUUAGCAGUGACUAUUGCAUUAGCUUAUUCAGUUGGAAAGAUGAAAGAUGAAAAAAAUCUUGUUAGAUAUUUAUCUGCUUGUGAAACUAUGGGUGGUGCUAAUAAUAUUUGUAGUGAUAAAACAGGUACUUUAACUGAAAAUAAAAUGACUGUUACUAAUUUAUAUAUUGAAGAUACAAAUUUCAAUAAAUUAGAUUCUAAAGCAAUUAAAAGUUCAACAUUAUCAUUACUUUGUGAAGGAAUUUGUUUAAAUUCAAUGGCACAUCCAUAAAUUGAUGAGAAUGGUAAAUUUGAACAUAUAGGAAACAAGACUGAAUGUGCUUUAUUAGAAUUAGCUUAUAAAUUUGGAUAUGAUUUUAGAUAAAUUAGAUAAAAUAUGGGAGAAAAAAUUAAAAAGAAAUUCCCCUUUAAUUCAGAGAAAAAGAAAAUGACUAUUGUACUUGAUUUAAAGGGAGAUAGAACAUAAUUCACUAUAUUCACAAAAGGUGCUCCUGAUAUGCUUUUAGAUAAAUGUUCUCAUUAUAUUAAUGCUGAAGGAAGACCUGUUGUGUAAAAUAUUUAUAUUUAUUAUUUAUAGUAUUACAAAUGAUUAUAAAUAAAAAAUAAAUGCAGUGAUUAAAAAUUAUGCCUCUUAAUCUUUAAGAUCAAUACUUUUAUUAUAUAGAGAAACUAUGUUAUAAGGUAGACCAACAAAACCAGAAGAUUUUAAUAAUAUUGAAGACACAAUAGAUAAAUAAUAUACAAUAAUUGGUGUUACUGGAUUAUAGGAUCCUUUAAAAUAAGGUAUAGUGAAAGCAGUUUAAUAAUGUAAAGAAGCAGGUGUUGUUGUAAGAAUGGUAACUGGUGAUAAUUUUGAUACAGCAGUUGCAAUUUCUAAAUAAGCAGGAAUAUUACCAUCAAAUUAUGAACAUCAUGAAGAUUCAUUGGCUGUAUUGGAAGGAAAAACAUUUAGAUAAAUGAUAGAAGGAUUAGUUUAUGAAAAAGAAGGAGAUUCAUAAGUUCCUAAAGUUAAAAAUCUUUAAAAUUUUACAAUAAUUUCUAAUGAAUUAAGAGUUUUAGCUAGAUCUUCACCUGAAGAUAAAUUCUUAUUAGUAACUGGUUUGAAAUAACUUGAUAAUGUUGUGGCUGUAACAGGAGAUGGAACAAAUGAUGCCCCAGCAUUAAAAAAAGCAGAUGUUGGUUUUGCUAUGGGUAUAUAAGGAACUGAAGUAGCAAAAGAAGCUGCUGGUAUUAUACUUUUAGAUGAUAAUUUUGCAUCUAUUGUAACAGCUAUGAAAUGGGGUAGAAAUAUAUUUGAUUGCAUAAGAAAGUUUCUAGUAUUUUAAGUAACUGUAAAUGUAGUUGCUGUUUCUAUGGCAUUUUUGGGAGGAGUCUUUUUAAAGGAAUCACCUCUUACAAGUAUUUAAAUGUUAUGGGUUAAUCUUAUAAUGGAUACUUUGGCAUCUCUUGCAUUAGCCACUGAACCACCUAAUGAUGAAUUAUUAACACGUAAACCAUAUGGUAGAAAAGAACAUAUGAUUACAUCUGGUAUGUGGAGAAGCAUUAUAUGUCAAGCAGCAUUUUAAUUAUUUGUUCUUUUAAUCAUAUUAUUCAAAGGUGAUUCAAUCUUUGGUAUUCAAUCUAGUAGAGGACAUAGACUUGAUGAAGAAUAUAAGUAUAUUUUUAAUAUUUAUUAAUAGUCCUGUAUUCUAAGAACAUUAUACAAUUUUCUUUCAUAUUUUUGUAUUUUUAUAAGUUUUUAAUGAAAUAAAUGCAAGAAAAUUAAAAAAAACAGAAUUAAAUGUAUUUGAAGGAUUCUUCAAUAAUUGGCUCUUUUUAUCUGUUAUAAUUGGAACUAUUGUAGUUUAAAUUAUUAUUGUGUAAAUCAAUAUAAUGAAUAUUAUAGUGAAUGUGGAGGAAAAGCUGUUAAAGUGACUCCUUUAGAUUUUGCUCAUCAUUUUAUAUGUAUUCUAAUUGGAAUGUGUAGUUUGGGAAUUGGCUAUUUAAUUAAAUAAAUACCUGAUUAAUACUUUUAAUCUAUUGAAUUAUUUCGUGAAUAGGUUAUUACAGAUGCAGAUCCAAACACUAUUUAAGUAUAAUAUUAUAUAAUAUUAAGGGUAAAUUGAAAAAACCUUCUACAUUCUUGAGGAAAAAGAGAGAGUUGGAAAACAAAUAACCUAUUAAAACUAAUUAAGAGAUUGAAAUGAAAACUGGUUAAAGUAACUUUAAAACAAAAUGA